CUUUUAGCAUCGCAAUAACCAAACAUAUGGAAUCAUAACAAACCGGUGUAGGAGAAGGAAUUGGUAAAAGAACUGGACCUAGUAAUGAGAGCGAAUUUAUUCGCUUUUAAUAUAAUGGAAGAAAGGAGGAGUUAUCCGGAGAAUAUGGCGACAUGGAAAGCGACAAUUAUCGGAGAAAUUGUAACCUAAAACCCUACUGAAACAUGGGUUGUUAUUUGCAUUGGUCUUUCCAUCUUCCCAAUCUUAUUAUUUUGCUGUCUAUGUUUUUUUGCCUAUCGACAACAUUUGAGACUUCUGUGGAGUAACGUGAAUUUGAAUCCUUCUCGGCCUGGAGUCCAUUGGAGCAACAUGAAUCCGUAUCCUUCUCAGCCUGCAGGGCAAUCGAGCAACGUGAAUCCGUAUCUUUCUCAGCCUGCAGGGCAAUCGAGCAACGUGAAUCCGUAUCUUUCUCAGCCUGCAGGGCAAUCGAGCAACGUGAAUCCGUAUCUUUCUCAGCCUGCAGGGCAAUCGAGCAACGUGAAUCCGUAUCUUUCUGAGCCUGCAGAACAAUCGAGCAACGUGAAUCCGUAUCUUUCUGAGCCUGCAGAACAAUCGAGCAACGUGAAUCCGUAUCUUUCUGAGCCUACAGAACAAUCGAGCAACGUGAAUCCGUAUCUUUCUGAGCCUGCAGAACAAUCGAGCAACGUGAAUCCGUAUCUUUCUCAGCCUGCAGAACAAUCGAGCAACGUGAAUCCAUAUCUUUCUGAGCCUGCAGAACAAUCGAGCAACGUGAAUCCGUAUCUUUCUCAGCCUGCAGAACAAUCGAGCAACGUGAAUCCGUAUCUUUCUCAGCCUGCAGGGCAAUCGAGCAACAUGAAUCCGUAUCUUUCUCAGCCUCCAGGGCAAUCGAGCAUCGUGAAUCCGUAUCCUUCUCAACCUGCAGGGCAAUCGAGCAACGUGAAUCCGUAUCUUUCUCAGUCUGUAAGCCAAUGGAGCAAUGUGGAUACGAAUCCCUCUCGGCCUGUACUGCCCACAUCACCUCCAGUGCGUCAGGAAAACUUCCCAACAACUGUUGAUGGCCAUGAUGUCCCUCUCAGCGACCCAGCAGUUACAGAGCAAGAGACUAUGACGGCGAACGUUAGUGGUAACAAAUUUAAUCGAUAUUUUAGAUUAAAGGCGAAAAAACCUCCUCCAGAUUAUUUGACAGUAUUAUGUCAAGGGAAGCUCAGUCCAUAGAAUUGACGACAGCUUAAAAUCAGGGACCUAGCUAACGUAAAUGGCUUGCUUUUACGCACCGUAAUGCUUAUGGCUAAUCAUUUCCUUAAAUGACACUUUGUAUUUAAAAGUGAUAUAAAGCAACAUUUUGUCCUUAUGGUCCUCACUGGAUUUGUGAAUUCUAUCAAUGGCGUGACAAGAAUAAUUGUCAAGAGGUUCUAUAAAUGGUGUAACAAGGAACCUCCUAGUAUUAUAUGGCAUGUAAAGACGAAAGACUAUGACAACUAGCGUUAGUAGCAGUAAUAAGACUAUGACAACUAGCGUUAGUAGCUUAAAUCGUUUUUCAAGAGUGGUUAAAGGAAAAAGAAAAAAAAAGUCAGUAACACCUCUUCCAGAUUAAAUGACUAUGGCUCCUUUCAAGUGAAGCUAGACUAUCCUUAGAAUUGGCUACUGCAUGUUAUCAUUGGCCUAUCUAACGUAAAUAGCUUGCUCUUAUGUGCCGUAAUGCUUAUGGCUAAUCAUUUCCUUAAUGAAACUUAUUGUUUAAAUGCAAUAUGAAAGGACAUUUUGUCCUUACUGGAAUUGAUGAAAAUUUCAGUGGCAUAGCAAGGGUAAUCGUCAUCCAGAUCAUUAUCUUUGCUGUCCAGAAUAUUCAGGAUAUAUGAUCUCCUAGUCUUAUUUGGCAUAUAAAGACAGAAGACUAUAACAGCUACCGUUAGUGACAGCUUAAUCGUUUUCCAAGAGUGGUUAAAGGGGGGAAAAAAGUCAGUAACACCUCCUCCGGAUUUAAUAACAGUGGCACUUUUGAAGCUAGUUUUUAUCCACAGAAUUGGCAACUGCUUGUUAUAAAGGCACAACAACAACAACAAAAAAUGGUUUGUUCUUACGAGCCGUAAUGUUUAUUUCUAUUCGUUUCCUUAAUUAUACUUAGUAUUUAAAAGUGAUAUAGAAGAACAUAUUAUCCUCACUGGUUUGCUGAAAAAUUCAGUGGCAUAGCAAGGGUAAUUGUCACCGGUAUCAUUAUAUUUGCUGACCGGAAUGUUCAGGGUAUAUGAUCUCCUAGUCUUAUUUGACAUUUAAAAAUGUAAGAAAAGGACUAUUAUUGUUUUUUCUGGCAGCCACUAAAUUCGAUGUUCGUGGCAUUUAUAUUCUAUUGUCUGCAGUUUCUUCGGCAUUAUUUUUUACGUGAUUUUGAUUAGAUAUUCAAGGAUUAAGUGCUAAAUUGAGAUAGAUAUUGUAUCUCACGUUAUUUAUUUUACAUUUAAGGCUUCAAGCCUUAAAAAUUGACUGAUAUUUUAUGAGAUCAUUUAAAAACAACAUGCCAAAUACCAAAAUAAUAUAUUUAUUUAUAAAAAAAGUUAUUUUUUAUAAAUACCUAACCAAAUUCAAAGUGUUUUAAAAGUUCAAUCACAAAAACCAUUUGAAAUACGAUAAGUUUGAUUGAUUUUAAAGAAAUAAAAGGUGAAAUCUAAAUUGAACAAAAGAAAAUACCUCAAAUAUUUCUUACCUUAGAACUAGGAGGAAAGGAUAUAGUCUAAAAUACUUCCUAUUUUAUGACUACAGUAUUAAUUUUAAAAUGAAUGUAUUUGUUGCCAAAUAAAUUAUCCUUUUUUGAGAAUUACUAUUCAUAUUAAGUAAUUCAGAAUUAAAAAAAAACAUUCCAUUAAAUUUUUUAAUGGAAGCAAGCACCAUUGUGAUAAAACAAAAACUCACGAAUAAACAAUGAAUUAUUUGGGUAUUUGGCAGCUUAGAGCUUAUUAAAAUUUAAUUACAUUUUUAUGAUUAAAGGAUGAGUUUUUUUUUUUUUCUUAAGCACAAUAUUAUUUUUUAUCUUUUAAAAUAAACAUUACAUUAUUUAUUAUAUUUAAUAUAUCAUUGUUAUGCAUUUAUUUUGAAUUCUUGAUAACUGUUAUUUUGUAUGUAUCUUUAUUUAGCUGUAAUGUUCUCGUGAUAUAUGUAUAUAUUUCAUAGCUAAGCUACUAGGAACCAAUUCCAAAAUGCAGAUUUUAAAGUAAUGAUAUUUUGACAAAAGCAGAGAAAAUUUUGAUUUUGAAAUUCCAUUGUUGUUUGAUUCAAAUGAAAAAAAUUCUGAGAUUGUUUCAUUCCAAAUUUAUUAUUACAUUAUGUGUGCUCUAUUCUCCAAUGAAUUGCAAUUGAUUCGCUUUGGUUUGGUAGACUAAAUUCAUUUCGUAGUUUUAAAUAAUGAAUCACAAGUCCAUGAAAUGAUAAUUCAUGCCUAGCUCAUAGUUGCAUCGAUUUGUAUUAUAAAAUAUUUUUUUUUAAUUCCAUGAGAUCAAAUACAGAAUAUAUUUAAAUCAGUCUCUCAUACGGUGCCAAAUGAAAUCAAGUUUAUUUAUUAAAAAAUUAUUUUUAGUUACAAAAAUUCAAAAAAAAAAUUAUUCAGAAUUUUUAUAUGAAUUAAAAAUUUUUAAAACGAAUGGUGUUUGAAGUACAGUAAAUCCCCGAUUAUUUGCGAAGUUGUCAGUGGCGCAACCGAAUAUAAUCCAAUAAAGGACUGAAAAAGGACACAUCAAAACGAAUUUUUUUAACAGUUUUUAUUUACUUAGAGAGCUUAUUUAUUUAUUCAUAAUUUUAUAUGUAAAAGAUUUUUUUAACAAAUUUUUUUUUACAAUUUUUUAACAAUUUUUAAAGUAACAAAUUUUUUUACUUUUUUUACAAAAAAAAAAAAGUCAGUUGGUUUUGUGUUAAAAGCGCCGUUUUAUUUUAUCUGGGACUAACCGCCUUUGGCGACUAGUUGGUUCGUCGAGAUUAAUGGUUGCUAAAGUUUUCAAUUAAAAAUUUUAUGUAAAGUGAAAUAGAUUAUUGUAAAAUAAAUUAAAAAAAAUUUUUAAUAUUGUUAAAUUAUUCGCUUGAAUUGGCAUUUGGUUCGCCAAGAAUGUUAAUUAUAUUUAUUUUCAUAUAAAACGCUUAUAUAUAACUUAUGUUCAUGAUUCCAUCAAAUUGUCCGAUAUUAAAACAUUUUUAUCUUAAUUGUCUUUAAUGUGUACAUGAAUUCUUCUAAUCGAAACUGACCCAUCACAUCAUAAAAUUAGCAAUAGAUAGUUAGUUAGUUAUAUUAAUGUCCUGUUUAAAGCAACACUAGGACUAUUUUGGGACGUACCUCGUCAUUUUGAACUUCGGUCAGAUGACGAGGACACCUGAGCUGGCACCCCCCUCUCCGCACCACAUCAUCCAAAUUAGCAAUAGAAUGUCGAUAUUUGAAAUGAAUAUAAUAUAUAAUAUAUAAAAUUAUAUAUUAUAUAAUUUUUGAAAAAAAUAGUAUAAAUCUAAGCAAGUAAAAAGGUGUAAGCAAAAUGCGUCCAUUUUUCUUAAUUUUUAAUCAUUUAAAAUUCUGUUUUAAGUUUUUAAAAAUUGCUGCUGGAAGAACAUUUCUAUUCACCUAAGUACACCUGUGCCAUAUUUUUUAUUUAUAGGUUUAACAACCAACACAGAUAUGCGUAUUCUUUAUUAUUAGUGAUGUUACUUUUUUUUUUUUUUUACCAUUAUAAUUUAGAGAUGAAGAAUAUGGUUACCACGUAAAGCUACCCGCAGAUAAUCGAGGAUUCACUGUGUGUCGAAAAAUUAUGACUAGUGUAUGUGAAGCCAAAGCAUCUGCAAUUUGUGUACAGCUUUAUUUGUUGUAAUAAAAGCU